GGGGUUUGGUUUGGCUAUAAAGACACCACCCUUACACACCCUUCACCAUUCACCACAACCCUCUAUAUUCCAUUACAAAGAACCAGUUUGGAAUAUAUUUUUAUUCCUUCUUUGUUUCUUCACUUUCUUCCAUACACAUAACCAUGUCUUCUCAGACCGUUGUCCUCAAAGUUGGUAUGUCAUGUCAAGGGUGUGCUGGAGCUGUAAACAGGGUUUUGGAAAAAAUGGAAGGUGUUGAGUCAUUUGACAUUGAUCUGAAGGAGCAGAAGGUGACAGUGAAAGGAAAUGUGCAGCCGGACGAAGUUCUGCAAGCCGUUUCCAAAUCCGGAAAGAAGACGGCAUUCUGGGUGGAUGAAGCACAACCACCUGAAAACAAGCCUUCUGAAACUGCACCUGUUACCUCAGCUGAGAAUGAUAACAAGGCUUCAGAAAGUGGACCUGUUGCCUCAGAAAACAAGCCUCCAGAAGCUGCACAUGUUGCCUCAGCUGACCCUGAAACCAAGCCUUCAGAAACUGCUGUUGAAACUGUUGCUUAAGGCAUUUGUGGUUCUAUUUUUCUAUGUGGAAGUAGGUCUGUUUCAUAUAGUAUAUGAUGUGCUUUGUGCAUGUCAGCUAAUAUAUUUGCAUUGGUGUGCUGUUACAGUGUUACUGGUUUCUAAGCUUCAAUAACUUGUGGCCGAUUUUUCACAUGAGAUACAUUUCAAGUGUGCUAUAAUUUAGAAUUUAACUUGUCGCUGUUCUUAUUA